CAACCAUGUCGCCUGCGACUGCACGAGGAACUCUCAGCGCUGGGGCGCGACUACUGCGGACGCACCACGCUGCACGGCCUCAAGUACGUCGGCGACCAGGAGCUGCACAUCGUCGAGCGAGUUUUCUGGUUGAUCGUGUUCCUGAUAGCGCUCGUGGCCGCCGUGUACUAUAUCCUCUUCCUCUACGACAAAUGGAAAGAAAACCCUAUGAUCGUGUCGCUGUCACCCUACGCUACCAAGAUAACUGAAAUUCCCUUCCCAGCCGUCACCGUAUGCAAUAUGAAUCGAGCAAAGAAAUCCGUCGUGGACGAAAUACUGCUCAAGGGGUCUGAACUUGAAAACAACUUACUCAAGGACCUCUGCGACAUCAACGUUACCAAAGGAGAAGACAAAAAAAGCAAUGACCUCAAUGUCACUGGUCACUGGGAUACCGUUCAGAAUUUUCUGGUUAAGGUUGGACAACCGUGCCACGAAUUGCUCCACGUUUGUAGGUACGGUGGCAGUGAUCUGAAGUGCUCCGAUAACUUCAACCCUUCGCUCACAGACGAAGGAAUAUGCUGCUCAUUCAACAAGCAAGUGGACUGGACGCCCGAGACGGGCUUCCCGCCGCACACGCCGUCGUCCGCGUCGCCCAUGCGUCCCGUGGGCGUGGGCGUGCACCUGGGCCUGAGCCUGGUGCUGGACGCGCAGGUGGACGAGUACUACUGCUCCACCACCGCCAGCGUCGGCUUCAAG